AUGGAAGCACUAAUCGCUACCGCAGGUCCGCCUUUGGGUGUUGUAAAGAAGGCUGCACUCGGGCAGGCUACAACAACAUUUCUACUCAAACGUGUCAGAGUUUUGGCUUGCAGCAGUUUAACCGAGUCUGUGGCUUCAGUGGAAGUCGACGAAGAUGAUGACGAAGAUGAAGACGAUGAUGACGAAGAUGAUGACGAUGUUGUCGAUGAGCAGGUGCAUAUAGAAGGUGAGGAGCACGAACAUGAUGAUUUUGAUGAAGAAGAAGAUGAUGAUGAAGAUGACGAAGACGGACAUGAAGUUGAAGACGAACUUGAGGAAGAAGAUGGUGAUUUGCAGGAGCAGGAAGAUCUGGAGGUAGAGCUCGAAUUGGAGUCACUCCAGCAGCAACAACAGCAGCAGCAAGGACUCUUGCCUGGAUAG